ACAGACCGGUAGGGUGUUGGACCCCAGCGGUUUGCUCCGCAACGCGGAGGAGACAUGGAGAGGCGUUGGGCUGUGGUUGAUGUACGAAGGAGCCCAUCCCUCGACGCCUCCCUCAGCACUAGCCCCUGAGCCGCCAUGCGAGCGUGGGUGCUUCUCUCUGCGGUGCUCUGUUGCAUGGCAGCGGUUUUCUGAGAGCACGAGUAAAGGUUUCAUUUACGGCAAGCCAGGACACCCAGUGAAAAUAUAUGUAAAAUUACACCACAAUAGUCCAGUCCUUGUCUGUAUGGAUUUUAAACGUGCUAAAAAAGAAACAGUGGAUCCUUCUUAUUUUUGGAUUGGGCCUAAUGAAAAGGCAUUAACAGGAAGUAAUCGAAUAAAUAUAACUAAAACAGGAAAGUUGAUUGUGAAAGAUUUUCUGGAGCAUUUGUCUGGACUUUACACAUGUACUCUUUCAUAUAAGAAAAUCAAAGCAGAAACCCAAGAAGAAAAUAUAGAAAAGCAAAGAUACGACUUUAUGAUCUUUGCCUAUCGAGAACCUGAUUAUUCAUAUCAGAUGGCUGUACGUUUUACCACAAAGUCUUGUAUAGGAAAAUAUAAUGACUUACUCUUCAGAGUACUGAAGAAAAUUUUGGACAACUUAAUCUCUGACUUGUCAUGCCAUGUCAUAGAACCAUCAUAUAAAUGCCAUUUUGUUAAAAUUCCAAAACAUGGUCUUGUACAUGAGCUGUUUAUAGCUUUUCAAGUUAAUCCUUUUGCACCAGGGUGGAAAGGCACAUGUAAUGAUUCUGUUGACUGUGAAGAUAUCACAAAUCGUAAUAUCCUCCUGGCAAGAGAUCGAAUAGAAGAAUUUUUUAGGAGCCAAGCAAAUAUUUACUACCAUGAUUUUAAUAAAACUAUACCAGCCAUGCAUUUUGUGGACCACAGUUUUCAAGUAGUCCGUAUGGAUAGCUGUCGUCCAGGCUUUGGAAAGAACGAAGGUCUACAUAGUAAUUGCGCUAGCUGUUGUGUGGUUUGCAGUCCUGGGACAUUUAGCCCUGAUGUUGAUGUUACUUGUCAGACCUGUGUUUCUGUCCAUACCUACGCAGCUAAAUCAUGCCCAUAGAAAUCAAACAAAAGCCACAGUAUUAAGACUAGAGGUGAAAAGCAUUGUGACUUGCUUGUGGAGUAGGGGACAUGAGAUGAGUUCUUCACAUACCAAAGUAUCAUGGAUAGUUUCAUUAAUAUCUGUAGAACCAAAUAUUGCAAAGUAUGUAUUUUAGAAACUUUAAAAAAGAUAGUUGACAUGGUAUUUCCAAGAAGGCAUUUAACCCCAUAACUUUGGUGUACAAAGGAAAAUAAGUAUUAAUGGAUAACUUUGAAUGAAAUGUGCUGUUGUUUACAAACUGACUCUAUUGCUCUGUACUUAAGACUAUAUUAAGAUAAAAAAGAUAUAUAAUAAAAACUUUAUACUUCUAUAUA